GGCAAAACAUUUUUUCUCUGGGUCGUGGGAAAAAAUUUCAUUUCUUCUCCAUCCGAAAAAAAAACUCGAACAUUGAUUUCUCCGUCUGGAUCGUCUGGAAUCGUGCCGCCGAAUGGAGUUAAUUCCUCCGGCUUCCUCUAACCCCUCCGGAGUCCUCCGAUUUCCUCCGGGUUCCUCCAGAUUCCUCCAAUCCUCUAUCUUCUCAAAUCUCUCCCAGAGCAAAGCAAGGAAUUGGAUCGUCGUCGACUGGGUUCUUCAUGAAUUUUACCAGCAUAAAUCACUCGGGAGCUUGGAAAUGUGAUCUUGUUCUGCAGCUGGGGUUUCAUUUUCCUUCCCUAUCCAGGCUCUCAAUUCUCAUUUCUUGGAAAGAGAGAGCAAUUGUAAUGGGUUUCAAUUUCAAGGAGAACAAGACGAAGAAGACUUUGAUUGGACUUGGCUUAGGACAGAUCCUCUCGCUCCUCUGUACUUGUAAUGCGUUUACAUCGUCUGAACUCGCCAGGAAAGGAAUUAAUGCUCCAACAACACAAUCGUUCCUCAGUUAUAUGUUACUGGCAAUCGUCUAUGGAGGUAUCAUGCUGUAUCGAAGACCCACAAUUAAGGCCAAGUGGUAUCAUUAUUUCCUUCUUGCUUUAGUUGAUGUGGAGGGCAAUUUUCUCGUGGUGAAGGCGAAUCAGUACACAUCGAUAACGAGCGUGAUGCUACUGGACUGCUGGGCGAUCCCAUGUGUUUUGGUCUUGACAUGGCUUUUCCUGAAAACAAAAUACAGAUUGAUGAAGAUCAGUGGUGUGGUUAUCUGUAUCGUUGGUGUUGUCAUGGUAGUCUUCUCUGACGUUCACGCAGGGAGUCAAGCAGGAGGAAGUAAUCCUGUUAAAGGAGAUUUUCUUGUUAUAGCUGGAGCAACCUUAUAUGCUGUCAGUAAUACCAGCGAGGAGUUCCUUGUGAAGAAUGCAAACACAGUUGAGCUGAUGACCUUCAUGGGAUUUUUUGGCGCCAUUAUUAGUGCCAUUCAGAUAGGCAUACUUGAACGCGGUGAGCUCAGAAGUAUUCACUGGUCAGCUGAUGUGGUAAUUUUCUUGCUAUGUCCGUUUCACUUUCACUUUCAAUCUCUGCAAACCAAAGAAUUUUCGUUUAUGGCUUUAACACUUUCAUGGUAUCAGGUUUUUCCUUUUCUUAGAGUCGCAGUCACGAUGUUUUUCUUCUACUCAUUACUCCCGGUUUUACUUAAGACCAAUGGUUCAACAACGUUCACACUCUCGUUACUCACAUCAGACAUGUGGGCGGUUUCGAUCCGCAUUUUUGCUUACCACGAGAAGGUGGAUUGGCUCUACUACUUGGCAUUUGCUACUACAGCGAUUGGACUGAUCAUAUACUCAAUGAAAGAGAAAGAUGAGGAGGAACAGAGAGAUGAACAGAGGAAGCUGUUGUUGGAUGAGGAGGAUGGUGAAACAUUUCGAGUCAGCCUUAUAUAGGUGCUCCCACCUAAACCGUAACCAAAGCUUAAGUCUUUUUUUUUUUUUUCCUUUUUUCAUUUUUUUUUCAUUCAUUCAAUGGCUUAUGUCGUGAGUAUAAAGAUUAUUCUUUCUACACAAAAGAAAGUGUAAAGAGAAAAAAUUGGUUUAUUUGAUACCACUUGGCCUACACAAGUUUAAUAAGUUAUAAACGA